AUGGCAGAACCUGUCUGCAAGGAAACUCCCCAGUAUUUAGAAAGUGGGUGCAGGCAGAAUCAGGGUUUCCUGGGCAUGGCUGCAGCAGGUUUUUUCUAGAGGUGCAUUGCAGCAGCAGCCAGCUUCUUUUGGGAAGAAAGCCUCCCCCAACACGUUGCAGGCCUUCUGUUCCCAGCGACAGGGAACACAUCGCUCCAGCAGAUGGGAUACAGCUGGUCUGUAUUUUGUGCUUGGUGCAUUUGGAGACUUACAGUAGCAGCUGGGUGACUUUGCACAGCUCACCCCUUUGUCACCAGCAGCAAGAUUAURCAGCCAAAAUCCACCAAAGAUUCCUCUGCAUGA